CCUCCACCGAAGCCUUCUGCCCCUUCGUUCUUCUUCCUUCUUCGUGUCUUCAUCCAACUCCAUGAAGACAAGUCACCGAACUCCACUCAGCCUCACGCUUCAGCCAUCAGCUCGCGCCACUCGUCCGAAGCUCUCUCCAUCGUGGUCCACGUCUCCAACAGAGUCAACUAGCAAAGCCCAAGUGUUGACCGCUUGCUGCCCCUCCAUUUUGUCACCACCGACGCAAGCCAUCUCCUUCGGUCUUCUUCUCUGCCACGUCCCAGUCAACCGCCAGCUCCACUCAGCCCACGAUCGAAGUCUUCCCCUGCAGCAGCUCCUCCACCGAAUCUGCAACUCUCGUUUCUUCGUGCGCCAGCUACCGCGAAGAUGUCAGCAGCUCCAGUUCCGCGCCCACGAUUCCACCGAAGCCAGCCACUCGAAGCCCCCGCUUCAGCCCUUCGCAAUUCAAGACCGAAACUCAGUUUUGCUGAGUCGUCUUGGCCGAUUUCAGCUGGUCCGAGCUUCACUCAGCCUCGCCGUGAGCUCAAGUCUUGGCCACCGUCAUGCCGCCGUUGCCGUGAGCCGAUUUUCGUGCUUAACUGGUAUGGGGUGGUGGUUUGAUGACUGUACAAGAUUAUGGUGCAGUGCCUAGACGGAAUCAAGCAUUUUUGUGUCACUAUUGCAACUUGUGAUGCAGAAAAGCGACCUCGAGGUCUGGAAAAUCCAGAAGCUCUGGCAAGGGAGACAGUCUUUAGCGUGAGUGAAAUAGAAGCAUUAUAUGAACUUUUCAAGAAGAUCAGCAGUGCUGUAGUUGAUGAUUGGCUGAUCAACAAGGAGGAAUUUCAAUUUGCACUCUUUAAGACGAAUAAAAAGGAGAGCCUGUUUACAGAUAGGAUGCAGGUGUUUGACUUGUUUGACACUAAACACAACGGAAUACUAGAUUUUGCAGAAUUUGCUAGAGCUCUAUCUGUCUUUCACCCCAAUGCACCGAUUGAAGAUAAGAUUGAAUUUUCCUCCCAACUUUAUGACCUCGAACAACAAGGUUUUAUAGAGAGGCAGGAGGUAAAGCAAAUGGUAGUUGCUACCCUUGCUGAAUCUGGUAUGAAUCUCUCGGAUGAUGUCAUAGAAAGUAUCAUUGACAAGACUUUUGAGGAAGCUGAUACUAAACAUAAUGGCAAGAUUGACAACGAAGAAUGGCGGAGACUUGUUUUGAGACAUCCAUCCCUUUUCUAUAAAACAUGACACUCCAAUAUCUUAAAGACAUCACAACUACAUUCCCAAGUUUUGUGUUUCACUCCCAAGUUGAUGAUACCUGAGUUUUGGAUCUGCAUUGAUUUGAGGAUUUCUUUAUGAUUAUUGUUUCUUAUUCAACUCCUUUCUUAAGCGACGGUGACCUUUUCUCUGUAAAGGUGACUAUUUGGUAGGGUUGGAAUGUGAGAUGGAUUCUUAAGAUUGUAUUUAGGAGAUUCAUUUUGUGAGUUUGCAUUAGUUGGUUGCAGAAUAUUGCGUCUAUCGUGCUAUCAGUCCGUUCACAGAAUUGAUUUACGAAGUGACAUGCUCCUAUCAUCAGGGUGUAGUAUAUGCUCCAUUUGUUAAAUGCGCAAAUGCACGGUCAUGUCAUAUGAUGGAUGGACCCGUCUUAUAAAUCAAAAGACGAGUUGUUCGUGUUACUCUUA